CGCUUUCUCCGUUGCUGGACGACGAUGGAUUUGGUUUUUUCCUUUUUAUUUUAUUUUAUGAAAAUGUCGUUUCGUCGGUGAGAGAAUUAAGUUUUUUCCACAUUACAUACCUCCCUCUUCAGCUACACAAGUCAAAAAUAUAAUCUCCGUCUGAUUGGAUCCCAUUGGUCAUGUGAUCAAAUAUUAUCUUUUCUGUUCCAUUUGCAGCUAGCCGCAGAAUCAUUCAUGUCAACACAUCAACAGUCCUGAGAGCUGAUAGGUUCGUAGCUUCUUGAAGUGGUUAAGAGAGUUUAUAUUUGCUCUGAUAUCGUAUAAGAAAAAGAAUUCAAAGAAGCAUCAUUUCUUCGGGAAGAAGAUGGAGGGUGAGAUUGGAAACUUCAUCAAGGUAUGGCUCUCAGUUUACCUAUCUCUAUGCUACUGCUAUGCAAUUGCUAAGUUUGUGCCAAAGGGAGUUCCAAGACUUUUGCUCAUAAUUCCAAUCGUGUCCCUCUUCCUAUACCUCCCUCUCCACCUCUCCUCCCUCCAUCUCGGCGGCACCACCGCUUUCUUCAUUUCUUGGCUUGCAAACUUCAAGCUCUUGCUUCUCGCUUUCGGCAAAGGCCCUCUCUGCUCCGACCCUUCGAUAUCUCUUCUCCGUUUCGUGGCGGUUGCUUGCUUACCCAUCAAAAUCCAGCAAAACCCGUAUUCAAAAACCCAAAACAAAGAAAACCCAGCCCCGAAAAUAACCAAAAAUGGAACAAAAUCCCCAUUAAACUACGCAGUUAAAGUCCUACUCUUUGCCUUGUUGGUUAAGCUAUAUGACUACAAGGAGCACAUUCAUCCAAAGCUCUUAUGGAUCAUGUAUUGCUUCCACAUAUACUUCGCCUUGGAAAUAAUCCUAGUCAUCGCCGCCACGUUGGCUCGAGCGCUUCUGGGGCUGGAGCUUGAGCCCCAAUUCAACGAGCCUUACCUCUCGUCCUCGCUCCAGGACUUCUGGGGUAGGCGAUGGAACAUCAUGGUCACCAGCAUCCUGCGCCCAACCGUGUAUGAGCCUAUCCUCGCGCUAGCAACUCGUGUGGUCGGGCGCAGGUGGGCUUCUCUCGCCGGCGUGAUGGGGACGUUUGUGGUGUCCGCAAUCAUGCACGAGCUCAUAUUCUACUACCUGGGCAGGACGCGGCCCACUUGGGAGAUCACGUGGUUCUUCCUCCUCCACGGGGCGUGCUUGAUGGCUGAGAUCGGCGUCAAGAAGGCGGUCGGGAAACGGAAGAAGCUGCAGCUGCCGAGGUCAGUGUCCGGGCCGUUGACCGUCGCGUUUGUGACGGCCACCGUGUUUUGGCUCUUCUUUCCUCCUCUGCUGCGGUGUAAGGCAGACGUGAGGGCAUUGGAGGAGUACGCGGCUGUUGGUGCGUUUGUGAAGCAUAUCGGCCAUGCUUUCGCUUCUACAGCGGUGAACGCAACAGCGACAAUAACAAGAACCUCGUAAUAAAAGCAGACUUGUGGUGGAGAAAUUUUUAAAUGUCAUCGGUAGACGGGUUGGUAUAAUAUGUAUUACCAUACAAAUAGGAAGAUAUUUGUUUUAAAAUAUUAAUAACUUAAAAAAUAAAAUUUUUUUAAUGAUAGUUUUAGUAGUUGACAUUGUAUUAACGAAAGCUACAACUUUAAUAAUUUUUAAAUAGAUUAUUUCCCAUUCGAUCA